AUGUCGGGAUACGAAUUCUCUUCACAAGCAGUAUCCUGGCUGCAGCGGGACGUUCUAUUGUUUGCCAACAGCAUUGGUGCCACCGCUGAUGAACUGCAAUUUCUUUAUGAACUGGAUCCCCGCUUCACGGUUUUUCCUACUUACCCUUUGAUUUUACUUCUAUGGUCGCAAUGCGAGAAAAGAUAUCCCAGGGCCCCGGUCCUAGACCUGCGCUAUGCGGUUGACGGACAACGACAACUUAAAAUACAUCAACCUCUUCCUACAUCAAGCGCUGGCAGACUAUUUGAGUUGAGGAACAAAGUAAUUGGAAUUUAUGACAAGGGCAAUGUUGGGAGCUCCUUUGAGACAGAACAGCAGAUUGUUGACGCCGGCACCGGAGAGGUGUAUGCAACAACUCGAAGCAUGAACUUCAUUCCAGGCCAGGGGAACUGGGGAGGCCCAAGAGGCCCUAAAUCGCUUAACUACUUCCAUCCUGAUCGGAGACCUGAUGCAACCCACGUGGUACAUACAACAGACAACACGGUAUUUCUUUACCGACUAAAUGGGGACUACAACCCGCUCCAUGCCGUUCCGGACGCAGGAGUGAAGAUGGGACUGGGCGGUGUCAUCAUUCAUGGCCUUUAUACGUACAGCUCGACAUGUCAUGGACUGCUUCGACAAAUGUGCAAUGGAGAUGCAAAUCGACUUAAAGUCUACCAGGCAAGAUUUGUGUCCCCAGUCAGACCAGGUGAUAAAUUGGUUACAGACAUGUGGUCCACGGGGAUAAUGGAUGGAUUGGAGGAGGUGCGAUUUACAACAAGGAAAGGAGAUGGACAGAUCGUGUUGGGAAAUGGCAGAGCUUUGAUUGUUCCAACUACUGUUAUUUCCAGCUUAUAA